UUCUCUUCUCUUUCUCCACACACACAACCACCUAUACUAUGUGCAAUAUUUGUGUGUGUGUGUGAAUAUAUAUAUAUAAUACAAGAGCGGAUUUAGGCUCAAAUUAUAUAGGUCGCUGCAUUGAUCUGAAAACAUGGGGGAUGUUUCACAACAUCCAUCUAUAUAUCAGAAAAUACAUGGGCGCUCGUGCCUGUUCUCUCGAAUAUCUCCCUACACACAUUCUAAGCAUACUGGUUCACACAAUAUGACUGUUGGAUAUGUCAAUGAAAUUAUACACGGUCCUUUUAUGGCGAUUCGCCAAGCUACUAUCCUGAAAUUUGAGCCAUUGUGUGCUUGUGUUCUUAUACGGGCUCCAUCUGAAGCUCCGUUAGAAAAGAAAACCACCAGUUUUAUCGUCGAUUUUCUAAUGGGAGGAGUUUCUGCUGCUGUGUCUAAGACGGCCGCUGCACCAAUUGAGAGAGUUAAGCUUUUGAUACAGAAUCAGGACGAGAUGAUCAAAUCCGGUAGACUUUCUGAACCGUAUAAAGGGAUUACUGAUUGCUUUACAAGAACUAUUAAGGAUGAAGGCGUCCUUUCUCUUUGGAGAGGCAAUACCGCAAAUGUCAUCAGAUAUUUCCCCACUCAGGCCUUGAAUUUUGCUUUUAAAGAUUACUUUAAGAGACUGUUUAAUUUCAAGAAAGAGAGGGAUGGCUACUGGAAAUGGUUUGCAGGAAACUUGGCAUCUGGUGGUGCUGCUGGUGCAUCAUCUCUCUUGUUCGUAUACUCACUGGAUUAUGCUAGAACUCGCCUAGCUAAUGAUGCUAAAGCUGCGAAAAAGGGCGGUGAGAGGCAGUUUAAUGGUUUGCUUGAUGUUUACCGGAAAACCAUCAAAUCUGAUGGUAUUGUUGGGCUUUACCGCGGAUUCACCAUCUCAUGUGUGGGAAUAAUUGUUUACCGUGGUUUGUACUUUGGAAUAUAUGAUUCCCUUAAACCUUUGGUUCUAGUUGGUAACUUGCAGUUUUGGUGUUCACAGGAUAGUUUCUUUGCGAGUUUUUUGCUCGGGUGGGGUAUUACUAUUGGUGCUGGUUUGGCGUCUUACCCGAUUGAUACAGUGCGUCGACGAAUGAUGAUGACUUCAGGAGAAGCAGUCAAGUACAAGGGCUCACUAGAUGCAUUUUCUCAGAUAACGAAAAGAGAAGGCACCAAGUCACUUUUCAAAGGUGCUGGAGCUAAUAUACUACGUGCUGUUGCCGGUGCUGGUGUGCUAGCAGGGUAUGAUAAACUGCAGCUCGUUGUUUUCGGAAAGAAAUAUGGAUCUGGUGGCGGCAGUUAAUAUGGUGCAGUGAUAAUGCCGAAGAUGACCGGUUAAGGUUGUGUAGAUUAUUGUUGUCUGUGUCUGGCUUUUGAAUAAUUUUCGCGAACAAUGUUAUCGAGAGUCUAGAGGUCCUCAGUUAUAUCUUGAAAGUUUAUGCAAAACUAUACAAAUUUGUGGUUGCUUUUACCGUUAGAAGCUACUUCAAAGUUACAUCUGUGGUUGUCUAUAUGAAAAGAUGUACUACAAUUUACCUUGAGAGUGUAUAGUCUUAUUCUAUUGAGCAUUUU